CUAAAACCUCAGGGAGCUCUGAUGCUAUUACCCAUAUUUUCAAACUGCAGACUAUUAUCACUGUUUGUUCAAUUAGAAUCGUAGGUUUAAUCAUCGUUGACAAGAUGGAGAUAGAGGCUCCUCCUUCAACCGCCGCCGCCACCACCAUACACAACCGCCGCCAUCAAUUGAAGCAACAAAUCGACGAAAAAAAGCACCGUUCCAUCUUCGAAUUACCAGCGAAUUUCUUCGAUUCCUGCCGCCUCCUCCAAUCUCCGUCAGCUUCCCCACUCUCCAUAGUCGAACCAUUCGAUAGUCUCUCAGUCAAAACCCUAGACGACGUAGACAUUGAUGAAGAAUCCAGAAAGGAAGUGGAGAACACGGAGAGUUCGAGUAGUAGGAAUAACGCCAAACAAAGGUGGUCUUGCAAUACUUGUAAGGCCGAGUUUGAGUCUCUCCAUGACCAGCGUUCUCACUUCAAAUCCGAUAUUCAUCGACUAAAUAUAAAGCUAAGCAUUUCUGGGAGAGACACUAUAAAGGAAGAAGACUUUGAUGAGAUGACCUCUGAUUCCCUAUGUAAGGAUUAUGAUUUAUCAAGUAUUUCUGGAUCAGAUGACGAAGAUGAGAAAGAAUCUGGUCAGUCCAAUGAUUUGCAGCGAAGAAUAGUUGGAGAUAUCAAGAACAAAAUAUUUUUAAAAUUGCAUAAUGGGGAGAUCCUUUCACUAUGGAAGGGUUUACUCCUGAAUGAGUCAGAGAGCAUUUUGUUUGAGAACAAGAAGGCGCUUGCUGCAGAUGACAUCAGGAAUAGGAUUUGUUUGACAGAAAAUGAAGUGACUAAGAAGUUGAAAUAUCUGAUCCAUGAACCAAGGGAUAAUACCCACUUGAGGAUUGUGCUGCUUGCAAGAGGUGGGCAUUUUGCAGGCUGUGUUUUUGAUGGUACCACAGCUGUGGCACAUAAGACAUUCCACAGAUAUGUUAUACGGGCCAAGGCCGGUAAGAAACAAUCAUCAAAAGAUGCAAGUGGCAAGAUGGCGCACUCUGCUGGAGCAUCAAUUCGUCGGUAUAAUGAACUUGCUCUUAAAAAGGAAAUUCAAGAUUUGUUCAAAGCAUGGAAGCCUUACUUUGCUGAUUCGUCCUGUAUCUUCAUCCAUGCUCCUUCUGACAACAGGCAACUGUUUUUUGAAGGAGAUCGACCAUAUUUUGUUUGUCAGCUUAAUGUUAUUAGAAAUAUUCCUUUGACUGUUAGAAGACCUACCUACAAGGAAGCUAAACGAAUAUAUGGCUUAUUGACGCAAGUAUCCUUUGAAGUAAAUGAGGAAAUUGCACCUGCUUGUGAAGAGGUGUCACUAUUAAGUGCAAGUGAUUUGAGCAGCAAGUGUAAUGAGUCCAUGGAGGUUUUGAAGGAAAGUUUGGAGACUAAGGAAGUCACAAAAGCAUCUUCUAGUGUUUUGCCAUCUCCCAAUGCGAUCAUAUCAAGUGAUAGUGAGAGUGAUAAUGAUACCAUUGGUACAUCCACUCCUUUACAUGAAGCUGCAAAGUGUGGGGAUUCUGAAAAGGUUUUUGAACUUCUAGAACAAGGAAUAGAUCCUUGCCUCAAAGACGAGAGAGGGAGAACUCCAUAUAUGGUUGCAACUGAAAAAGAAGUGAGAAACGCAUUUCGGCGCUUCAUGGCAUCAAACCUUGACAAGUGGGAUUGGAAUGCAGCUAAGGUGCCUAGCGCAUUGACUAAAGAAAUGGAGGAAACACAAGCUGCUAAACAGGCAGAGAAAGACGCCAAGAAGAAAGCUAGGGCCAAAGAGUUGAAAAAAUUGCGGAAAGCAAGGCAGAAAAAGGCUCAGGCCGAGGCUGCUCAAGUCCAGACUGCUCCAUCUAACUCUGAGAGAGGAACAGUUGCUGCUUCAGCUCUUAAAGGAAAAUCACAAUCUAGUCUUACAGCAAAAUUAUCAAAAGAGGAGGAAUCGAAAAGGGCUCAUGAUGCUGAAAGGGAAAAAAGAGCAGCUGCAGCCGAGAGAAGAUUAGCUGCUGCUGCAGCCCUCAAAGCUCAAGGCACCGACUUAGUUUCUGCUCCUGGUGGGUCGGGUACUGACAUCCUCUGUUCUUGCUGUAACGGGUCAUUGGCUGGUAAGGUUCCCUUUCACAGAUAUAAUUACAAGUAUUGCAGCAGUGCAUGCAUGCACGUGCAUAAAGAGAUCCUCGAGGACAGAUAAGAGGAAUUUCUAUGUUGAAGUUGUUCAUAAC